AUGCAGCUGCUCUUUCUCCUGUCGGCCCUUUUUCUCCCUGCUGGGGCUGGAGCAGGGGAAAUCAUCGGAGGCCGAGAGGCCAGGCCCCACUCCCACCCCUAUAUGGCGUUUCUGCAGAUCCGGUCUCAGAACGGUGCUAGUACUUGUGGGGGAUUCCUGGUGCGAGAAGACUUUGUGCUGACAGCAGCUCACUGCUCGGGCAGCACCAUUAAUGUCAUCUUGGGGGCCCACAACAUCAAGAGGCCAGAAAGAACCCAGCAGCGAAUUCCUGCGCGCAGAGUCAUCCUUCACCCCAAUUAUAACCCGCAGACCCAGCUGAAUGACAUCAUGUUGCUGAAGCUGGGAAACAGAACACGGCAGAAUCGCUUCGUGAGACCCGUGGCUCUGCCUCGCUCCCAGACCAGGCUGCAGCCCGGCACCGUGUGCACCGCAGCCGGCUGGGGCCUGGUCAGUUUGAACCAGAGGACCAGCAUCCUCCAGGAUGUUCAACUGCGCAUUCAGAGAGACCAGGAGUGCCACAACCGCUUCAGACAGUACCGUAGCCUGCUGCAGAUUUGUGUGGGGAGCCCAGAGGAAAGGAAGUCUGUCUUCCUGGGGGACUCUGGGGGCCCCCUGGUCUGCAACAACGUGGCCCAGGGCAUCGUGUCCUAUGGAAAGCUGAAUGGGAUCCCUCCAGCGGUCUUCACCAAGAUUGGAAACUUCUUGCCUUGGAUAAGGUCAACAAUGAGACGCUUCAAACAGGAGGGGUAA